GCGGCUCGGGCGGGCGCAGGGUCGGGGGUGUAGGGUGGCGGCGCUCCGCCUUUCACCGACGCACCUGGGAGAAACAGACCGGAGGACGCGGGUGGCGCGGAGCACGAGAAGCAACGAGUUUCUGUCUAGAUCGUGGGGGACCCAAGCCCGGGGUUGCGUCCAAGGUCGGGGAUGGAGAGGACGCGACCCCCGCGGCAGUCGAGAUGGCCUUUUUAAAAUUCUAUAUUUGAGAAGGAGUCUCGCGCUGUCGCCCAGGCUGGAGCGCAAUGGCGCGAAAUCGGCUCAUUGCAGCCUCGACGUCCGGGACUCGAGCGAUCCUCCCGCCUCAGCCUCUCGAGAAGGUGGGACCACCGGUGGGCACCGCCACGCCCGGCUAAUUUUUACUAAUGUUUUGCUAGAGCCGGGAUCUUGCUGUGUUGUCUGACUGGUCUUAAACUCCUGGGCUCCAGCGAUCCUCCCUCCUCGGCCUCCCAAAGCGCUGGGAUUACAGGCAUGAGCCACACUGCGCCUGGCCAAGCUAGUGCAUUUUAAUUGACCUUCACUUCAUGUCAAUUUAUUUUUUACACUAUUCCAUUUAGUCCUCAGAACAGUUCCUUAGAAUUGGGUAUUGCUCCGUUUACGUGGGAAACAUAGCAGCGAGGUAACGGGCUGGGUCCCGUGCUGGGAACGGGAGCCCUGCUCAUCUGACUGCUUGCACCCUGUGCUGUCUAUGCUGGGCGUACUGGGGGGCGUUAGGGAAGAGACCACAGGUACGAUGCAAUGCCUGUCCUCAAGGAGCCCAUUGCUCUCAUGGGAACACAAAGCUGACAAACUAUGGAACAGGCUGUGGCUGGGGGCCAUGAAGGAAGGCUGCCAAGUCUGGGCCCAGCCAGGUAGCAGCCACACCUCUAUCUACCCUGCUCCCCAACACUGGGCACCAGCACUCGCCUGCCCAGGACCCACAGUGAAAACCCACCCACAAAAAAUGCACUUUGGAGAAGAGUAGCAGGUCCCAGGCAGAGCCAGGGCCACCUCUCAGAAAGGACAUCAAGUUUCUCGCCCAGCUGAGAGAUGGACAGAUGACAGCACAAGCCACUCACAGCCCAAGGUGAUAGACUCUAGGAUAUAUUCAAGGCUGAGCAACUGGCUUCAAGUCGUGUCUACUUACAUAUUCAAAGACCUACUGAGCAUUCACAAGUCAUUCUUUUUACGCUCCAACUAGCCGUGUUCUCAACCAGUCUACCUAGGAAUGCUGUUGGCUGUGAAAACUCCAGAGAUGAAAACUCCAGAGGCUGGUAUCUUUAGAGUUCCUUCAUGGUGCGUUCAGCAUCUGAGCCUAGCGACUCUUGAGGUGAAAGCGCUCAUCUUUUCUUUUUGGUGAGAGAGUCUCACUCUGUCGCCCAGGCUGGAGUGCAGUGGCGCAAUCUCAAAGUGCUCAUCUUCAUGUACUUUGGAUGCCGGUGAAUGCCUAUUGUUUCAGCCAGCUGGAUCACUUUACCUGUUAACCAUUCCAAUGUGAGUUUACUUCAUGGAAUUGUGCCUGUUUUUAAAGAACAUAUUCUGGCUGGGCGAGGUGGCCCACGCCUGUAAUCCCAGCACUUUGGGAGGCUGAGGCAGGUGGAUCACCUGAGGUCAGGAGUCUGAGCCCAGCCUGACCAACGUGGAGAAACCCCAUCUCCACUAAAAAUACAAAAUUACCCAGGCGUGGUGGCACAUGCCUGUAAUCCCAGCUACUCAGGAGGCUGAGGCAGGAGAAUCGCUUGAACCGGGGAGGCAGAGGUUGCAAUGACCCAAGAUCGCACCGUUGCACUCUGGCCUGGGCAACAAGAGCAAAACUCCGUCUCAAAAAUAUAUAUAUAUAUAUUCUUUAAAGAUCAGUCUCCUCUUCCACUGCCAGCCCAGUGUUUGAGACUGCUAUGGUUUGAAUGUUGGUCCCCUCUGAAACCCAUGUUGAAAUGUAAUUGCCAUCAUACUAGUAUUAAGAUGUGGCACCUUUAAGAGGUGAUUAGGCCACAAGGACUCUACCGUCAGGAAAGGGUUAAUGUUGUUAUCAUGGGAGUGGGUUUGUUAUCAAAGUAUUUUUCAUAAAAGGACUAGUUUGCCCCCCUUUUGGCACACUCUUGCCCUCUCUUUGCUGUUCCACCAUGGGAUGACACAGCAAGAAGGCCCUUGCCAGUCGCCAGCCCUUCUGUCUUGGACUUCCCAGUCUCCAGAACCAUGAGCCAGUAAAUUUCAGUUCAUUAUAUAAAUUACCUAGUCUGUGGCAUUCUGUUAUAGCAGCACAAAACAGAGUAAGACAGUGACAAAGAUACUCACCUGUACAAAGGAGGAAGCUUCAAAAGAAGCCAUUCAUGUAUGGGGUGGGACUGCAGAAGGACCACAGUAGAGAAUCCCUCACCAAUAAGGAACUGUGUUAAUCAGGAGUGGCCAGAAGGCUCCUCUCCAGGCCUCAGGGGAAACACUGGUCUAGUGAGAGACCUGGGUCCUGCCCAUCAGGACCGAAGCGGCAUGCGCGAGGAUCCUGCAGGCCAAGAGACAACAGCGAUUACAAACCCCAGCCCCAGCCUUGCAGCUGACCUUGCAGGUGACGCCCUGCCUGGGUGUCUCGGUGCAGCUGCACAUCAGGGGCCUCUGCUGGACAGAAGCUCUGAGUCCACACUCAGCCCCCAGGCGCUGGAGCUGGAGCACUACCACGUGAGGGGAUGCUGCCGUGGCUGCACCAGCUUCAGCCCUUUCCCUGCACCGAGAUGUCCCAGUGAGCAGCUGGGUGCUCACAGUUCCCGUUGGGCCAUCAGAGGAAGAUCAAAGAUCAACCCUCCCCCAUGGGCUCCUGCCUGCCUGCCAGGUGGGUUUCCUGCCUGUCUUCCAGCCCCCAAGAGCUCCACGGACUCUGCCGGUAGCUGCUUUAAAGGAGGGAGUGAGUUUUCUGAUCCUCUGGACAUCCCUGGGGCUGGAGCUAUGAGCUGAGCCAUAGGAGAGCCAGCCCAGCUCCCUGGGGGUUGGGGGCUGUAUCUCUCCAUCCCUUAGUAAAAAUACAGCAACUCCCAACUCA